AUAGUGAUAAUUACAUAUAUAAAUCAUGCAUAUACCGGCUGAGUACGGGGAUUAAAAGUAGAGCGGCGGUCUUUGCCGCUGAUUCAAAUAAUAUGCAAGUGCAUAAAAUCGUAACUCUAAAAUUCAAUUACAAGAUAAUUCCACUCAACAAAAUAAUGACGCAUACAUUUUUCAGUUGGACUGCACUGAAAUAUUAAUAUGUCGAAGGAAACGGCGCAAGCCAUGAACCGUAGCUAAGCGACAAUACCGCAGCAACGCUGUUAACAAUUGAAAUCAAUAGAUGUAAAAUUAUCAAGGAAUCAAGGGAAUCAAGGAAAUCGUUUGAAUAAUCGUACUUACAUCAUGGCAGACCAAAGCGAACUGGACCAGUUGGCCACAGCAGAGUUGCUGAGGCUCCAGAGACAGCAUCGAUCGCUUCAACUUGAUCUUCGAGGCCUGCUAGAAGAAAAAGCCAAGCGACUGAAGAAGCAAAAUAACAUGAUAAACGUUCUGCAGGUCGAGCAUCAGAAGUUGAAGGAAGAGAUCAAGACUUUGGAGGGUGGAACGCACGCACGGAAAAACACAAAUAAGGAACGGCAUCUGGGAGCACUGCAGAGACAGCAGACGGAUCUGCAGAGGGUGCUUCAAAACGAGCGAACCAAUCUGUGGGAGCUGGAGGGGCACAUACGGAAAAUGGAAAAGGAAAUCGACGGUCUUCGUCGUAAUGAGGUGCCCGACAGCUGCUACAAGCACACAAUUUGCACGGUUCAAAAAAGCGUUGUCAAGCUGGAGAACCGUCUGGAUGUGGUCAACAAAAAGUGCAGCGAUGUCCUCACAGAGAACAGCAAAAUGCGAGAUGCCAUAAACCACAUGCUGCAAGAUCGGGCUAACUUCAAUGAUAUGUGGCAAGCGAUGGUCACUCAGUUCAAUGAGGGUAAGAAAUUCAUAAUGGACUUGAUUGACCAAUCAACGCUGGCCUUCGAUCAGCGCGAGGAGCUUUGCAACAAGUUGUCCGUUCUGAAGGACCGCAAUGAGAAUGACAAGGUGAUGCACAUCCAGGAGAUGCGUGAGAUGCAGAGGCGUCUGGAGCACGAUGCCAAGUUGCAGAAGUUUUUCGACAUCAAGGGGCAAAAGCGGCUUAAUCCAGAGCUAGAGCAGCGAGAGUUGGAUAAGAAGCAGAAUCAAAAGGAAAACUAUGAGCGACAACUUUUCGAAUACAAGGAGAUAAUUGAGAAGAUCAAGCAGUUGUAUGGCGAAGAAGAUCCGGACCGCUUGGUGGCUCAGUUUAAGCGCCAGGAGGAUGAGAACUUCGCUCUCUUUAAUUACGUUAAUGAGCUAAGUCACGAGGUGGAGGUGUUAAACGAUUCCACACAAGAAUUAACUGAUGAAAUAGAACGACAAAAAUCGGAGCAGACCGAGAAAGAGUUGAAGCUAAAGACCGAGGCGUUGGAUUAUUUAAAUGCAGAGCGGGGUCGCAUUGAACAACUGGCCAAGGAGACCAGCGAAAAGAAGCAAACUCUGAGCAUCCGACUUGACCAACUACUUAAGGGGAUCGAGGAUAUAUUCAGACAAUUGGCCUGCGACGACGCUCCCAUCCUCAACGUCCUUAGCACCAAGACCUUUCUAACUGUCCACAAUGUAAAGCUGUUCAUUGGCGUAAUAGAGCGUAGAGUCAAUCUCAUUAUCAGCACGAUUAAUAUAGAGGACAAUUCAAACAAGAUACUGGCCAAGAAAGAUCGUGUGCCCAAGUUCAACAUCCGAGAAUCGGCUAAAACAAAGAACUAGAUAAGUCUCAUCAAUUAUUUCCGAGGAUAUAGCUUCGAACAAAAAUAACAAAACAGUUUCGGGUUUGCUUUAAAAAUUCGGCAGUUUUUUACUUCAGUUUGACCCAGGGACGCUUUUAUUUCGUAGAUGUCCAUGGCCCUUGGUCCUGUGCCCCCUUCAAUCAUCGUUGGAGGGAACACUUCCAAAAUU